UAAAUGAGCGACCAAUCAUCUUUGCUCUGAGCAAUCCGACUGUUAAAGCUUAGUGUACUGCAGAGGAUGCAUACACUCUCACACAGGUAAAAAAAAAAAAAACAACAACACACACACACACACAUACGUACCUAAGAUUGUGUCAUGGUAGUUGUUUAGUGACUGAACAGAACAGGAUAAUACAAAUGUGUUUUAAGAUAGAAUAUUUUUGAUAUAUACGACUGUCUUGGAUGUGCUAAGAAUAACAAGGAGCAGACUGUCUCUAAUUCAAGGUUAAGUGGAGCCUGUUGUUGGUCAAAAUGUAAGAGAAUUCAGGCCUAACUGAUCAUAGAGUAAAUUUGAUUGUUCAUAAAGGAUAUUAAAUAAAGAAUCACAAAAUUAUAAACAUGAAAUAUAAAAUGUAUUGUAACAGUAGGUGUAGCUCAUCAAAUGGCUAAUGAAUGUGCUUUUCUGAGUGUGUGUGUGUGUGUGUGUGUGUGUGUGUGUGUGUGUGUGUGUGUGUGUGUGUGUGUGUGUGUGUGUGUGUGUGUGUGUGUGUGUGUGUGUGUGUUAUGGUCGGUGUUUGUUUGCCAGUGGGAGUCCGUUUGCUGCUGUAACUCUGGAUGAUGGCAGGAUGGUGAUUCUGGGACAGGGGAACAAUGCUUACAUAUUCCCAGGUGUGGCUCUGGCAGUAAUUCUGAGUGGUGUUAGACACAUCAGUGAUACGGUGUUCCUCGAGGCUGCAAAGAUCUUAGCAGAGCAGUUGACGGAUGAGGAACUGAAUCAGAAUCAGGGUCGUCUCUACCCUCCUCUUUCCAACAUUAGGGAGGUUUCUUUACAGAUGGCUGUGAGGAUAAGAUUUGUGUUUAUACAUACACACAAUGUGGUGGAGUUUCUGUACAGUAAAGGAAUGGCAUUUCGGUACCCAGAGCCACUGGAUAAGGAGGCGUAUGUGAGAUCCAUUGUGUGGAACACGGAGUACGAUUCCUUCCUCCCAGACAUCUACGAACGGGCUGGACUGUCCCAUAGUCCUAUAGUGGAGUAAUCAUACACCCUAUAGCGUACACCUGAAACAGUCACACCCUUCAUUUACAGCUGUGUAAUGUUUAACUAUCACACAUCCCCAUGGGGAGUGAUUCCUAAACUCCUUCUGCUAAUGUAAAUGUACAGUGUUGCUAUUAUUUAAACACUCCACGUGUGUGUGUGUGUGUGUGUGUGUGUGUGUGUGUGUGUGUGUGUGUGUGUGUGUGUGUGUGUGUGUGUUUGUAUCAGCUAAUACAUUUAGUGCUUUGUGUUUCUAUGUGUGUUGGUGUGUAUUUGAGUUUAUUUCACUGCAGGCUUACAGUAUUCAUUAUAAUAAAAUGUGGGGGUGGUCGGGUGUAGUUGGGGCAGUGAGAAAAUGUCGAAAAAAGUGUAACUUUAGUUUCACCCUAAGCUGGAUUUUAACAUAGGGCCUAGAACCUGAGAGAACUACAUGUGCUGCACUCAGCCCACUGUUGGCCCUCGCUCGGAAGGCACAGAUGAGCGAAUCACACCUCCUCCACAAGAUCAUCACAGAGACACCACAGCGCAUGCGCCUCAAAUCCCGACACCCCUUUGCCACACAUGCCCAGGAACUGCUCCGCAUAACACCAGUUUACAUCUCCAAGGCUUCCUGGGUGACGGCAAGAUGGAGGGACCAGUGGAAGGCAGCAGGGCCAUCUAUGCUUCAUCACUAUAUUAAAGAUCCAACAGAUGUUCCUGGCCAGCACCUCACCCGUAAGGAGUGGACAACCCUUAAUCGCCUGAGGACAGGGGUGGGACGCUUUGGAGCAGCGAUGCAGAAAUGGGGUCUUGCGGACAGUGCCCACUGUGAAUGUGGGGACCCAUUACAGACAGUGGAACAUGUGAUGACCAGCUGCCCCAAAUUCCGGCCACCGAAUGGCGCUCGUGGGCUAAUGGAUCUGGAUGACGAAACACUAGACUGGCUAGCAACAACGGAGCUGAAGGUCUAAGGACAUACGCCAGAAGAAGAAGCCCACUGUGCUACUCAAACAAUGACGUGUUAGAUCUGUUGUAACGCUGAUAUAACCUGUGCACACAAUAAGCCUAAAAGUGAAAACUACUUAAAAUAAAAAGAAAAUGCUUUGUAAUUCCCACAGUAACGUCAGAAGCCAUUCACUCUGUUACAGGUUGAAAAAUAGUGAAGAAAUAGCCUUUGCUUGAUUUGAAUGAAGUUGACCCAACAAAGCAUGUGUUUGUACCAUU